AAAAUUAAACUUACGAACAAGUUCACAAUGUGCUAACAUUGUUUAAUAUUUUAUUAUUUAUAUGUAUUUAAAUUAAAUAUUAUUUUAAUUUACUAGGUGAGUUAAGCGUUAAUUAUGCGAAAAAUUCAGCAGGUUAAAAUCAACCUGGACAUGUUAUAAUUGGAUUAUGUCACUCGUUAAUUCUUAUAAAUAUAUAUUGAUGAUUGUUUGUUUAGGAUGACAGAUAAUUAAUGUAAUUAGUCGUAAAUAUAAUGUUAUUCAUUAUAUCUGCUUCCCGACUCUGCAAACACUCAGCAUGUUUAUCCAGGAUCAUUACUUCAGCAUACACGGCAAGACCAGCAACAAAAGAGUCACCUUUAAAAGAAGAUCCUUUAAUAUCAAUAUCACCAAAUUUAAAAUUCCCAAUAAAAUCUUUAAACCCUUCAAUUUUUAUUCCUCCUGACGCAGUAUUAUCCAGACAAUUUGAUAAAGAAUAUGUAGAAGUAUCUAAAAAAGCUAAACAAAAAUUACCAGAGGCAGAAUGGCGAGCUGUAGAAUUAGACGUGUCAAAAUUACACAAACAUUGUUUAAUGUUAUCAAAAAUUCGGCUGACAUCUCUGGUGGUAAUAACAACAAUGGGAGGCUACGCUUUAGCACCAGGAGUAUUUGACCCGACGACAUUCAUAAUGUGUUCUCUUGGAACUGGGCUAGUCUCGGCGACUGCAAACUCUAUUAACCAAUUCUUCGAGGUUCCUUUUGACUCCCAGAUGUCAAGAACCAAGAACCGGGUUUUGGUUCGCGGACAUUUAACACCUGGCCAGGCGAUAAUUUUCGCCGGGCUUUCAGGAGCUGCUGGACUGUCUCUUUUGUACUUUCAAGUCAACGGACUGACAGCAGCACUGGGUGCUGUUAAUCUAAUUCUUUACACUCUUGUUUAUACACCGAUGAAGAGGUAUUCUAUUCUCAACACCUGGGUCGGAUCUGUUGUUGGCGCAAUACCGCCUCUAAUGGGCUGGGCAGGUUGCGUGGGUGACAUUUUAUCACCUGGUGCGUGGAUUAUGUCCGGGAUGCUCUACGCCUGGCAGUUUCCUCACUUCAACGCGCUGUCUUGGAACCUCAGAGCUGAUUACUCCCGUGCUGGGUAUAGGAUGAUGGCUGUCACAAAUCCUAGCCUUUGUCGGAGGACUGCUUUGAGGUACACUGCAGCUCUAGCGGGGCUUUCGUAUCUCGCUCCGGUUUUAGAUGUUACUAAUUGGUGGUUUGCAGCGUUUUCAACUCCUUUGAACGCUUAUUUUCUAUACCUAGCAUGGAAAUUCCAUCAACAUUCAGAUAGCGCAAGUUCAAGAAAAUUAUUUCGUUUCUCACUGGUCCACCUGCCAGCUCUGAUGCUCUUAUUACUGUUAAGCAAAAAGAAUUGGCACAGCAAAAAAACACCUAAUAGCGACAAUGAAAAAAAUUCACAAAUUCUUGGCACUUUGUCGGGUGUUUUAGCAUAGUUCCUGCGAGAAAUCGCUCUUGUACAUGUGUAAAAUAACUAUUAUUUAUUAAUUAUCAUCAAUAAUUAUAGAGAUUCUAUAGUUAUUAAUUAAAUGGUUAAAAAAAGAAAAA